CAAGUACUUCGUACCGAGAGUUGUUUCCCCUACCGGAAAACAAUGGAAUAAAAAUCCAUCCAAAGAACAAAUGUUUCCAAGAAUCUCGUUUAACAGUGACCACAAGGUUUGUUAAUGAUCACCAACAACAUGUUACUACAUGUAUGACACCAUAUAGCACCUGGAGACAUGGAGAACAGCUGUACUGAGAUAUGGUGAUGAUGAACUGACCUUCCUCCCUGAAGAAUCUGAAGCGAUGAUGUCUCAGAUGUUACCGACAUCAGAUGCAAUGACUGAACUAGGAGAUAGCACCCUGAGAAGCUGUUCAAGUGAUCGCCUAACAGUGCUGCGAUACCCUAGAACAUCAUCAUCAUCAUUAUCACAGAAUGGGCAGGUGCUUGAUUCCCAUGAGCAGACAUCACCAGAUGGACCAGGGUCACAGAAUCAACUGAGAUCCUCGCAGGAGGAACGCUUGUCUGUUGCUCAUGACCAGGUUUCAUCAGAUGGUGAUGGACAGUCGCCAGUAUUCCAGAAUCAGUGGGGACACGGUGGACCAGUGUUUCAGGGUCAACCGGAGAGACAGUUACCCGUAUUUAACGAUCAAACAACGUCACCACAAGAUGAACAGUUGCCUUCGUUUCCAAGUCACAGUCAGGAAUCUUCUUCGAAAAAUAACCAGUCGUCAAAUGAUGACCAGGCAGCAUCCGAUGUUCGGUCAUCUCUUCAGGAGGAACUGGCAGCAUUACGGUCUUUCAAGGUACCCAGCAAGAGAACAGAGUUGACGCUGCAGGAGAAAGUUGACCUGCUAAACCACAGCGAGGGCAAGAGUCAGCGGCAGCUUGCUCAAAUGUUUGGUAUUGGCAAGUCUCAGGUGCAAACCAUCUUGAAACGGAGGCCGGAAAUACUCAAAGCAUAUGAACAGAACUGCGUUAGUGACAGGAAACGUUUUGGAAAGCGAGCCGAAAAUGAUGAUGUUAACAAGUUGACUUGGGAGUGGUUUCAGGAAAUGUCCAAGACUCAGGGAAUGCAGGUGAAUGGGCCCAUGCUGCAAGAUCAAGCUAAGCAGUAUGCCAAGCAACUUGGCCGCAAUGAUUUCAAGGCUUCAAACGGCUGGCUGGCUAGCUUUAGAAAGAGACACAAUAUUCUGAGUUCCGAACAAGGACUUAGCACUCAAGAGCCAACAAAAAUAUCUUCGUGGAAGGACAAUCUAAAAAGAACCAUGAGCAAGUAUAACUUUAAGGACAUCCUCUGUUUAACCGAGGUGCACUUGAACUAUGCUUCGCUGCCAGAGAAAGUGAAAGCAGCAUUUAGUAAACGGAAAGGUGAGAACCCGGAUCACUGCUUGACCGUAAUGUUGUGGUACAAUAUGCUGGGCGACUUUGAUACCCCUGUGGUGAUUGGUAGACAUCCAUGGCAGCCACACUGUGGAGUGGAUGAGUCCGACAUGCCAGUGAUAUGGAGGUGGAAUUCAAAUGCUUGGGUCUCGGCUGACAUCUUCCAGGAGUGGGUUCGAGCACUGGAUCGCAAGUUCCAGCAGCAAGGCAGACAUGUUCUGCUGUUUCUGGAGCAUACCUCGGUUCAUUUCCUGGAUCUACAGUUAGAGCACGUCAAGUUCGUCUUUCAUCCCUCCAAUUCGCUGGAGGCUAGUCCUUUUAACAAUGAUGUUAUCCAAAGAUUUAAGUUCUGUUACCAAAAACAACUCCUACAAUUCGUAGUGUCUCAGUUGAGUGCUCACCAGGAGAGUGUUCUAACAAUUGCAGGCUGUGUGUCGCUACUUGAAUGUUGUUUGUGGAUAAAUCAAGCCGUAGGUCAGAUUUACCCUUCUGUUGUGAAGAAGGCCUUCUUUAAAAGUCUUCCUGGACAUGUGACCCUGUCUGACUUGGAGGAGUCUGAUGACAACUCUGGUUCAGAGUCCAUUGAAUCAGAAACACAGUCAGGGUAUUCUGUUGAAGAGGAACUGGAGUUCCAAACUCUGAUUGGAAUUGUUCUUACUAGUCUCAAUUCGUCCAUUCCACCUGCAGUGACUUCAGCAGCAGCAGUAGGUGCUUUGGAUUCAAGUCUUGGCUCGGCUUCGGAUGACCAUCUGAAGUCUGACAAUGAUGCCAGGCUUGAUGGUUCCAGUGUGUCAUCUAGUCCGGGUAAUUGUGAUGGCAAGGUCAGGCGUGUGGAGCUGACACUUCAGGAGAAGGUGGAACUGUUGAGAAUCCACCACCACAAUGGAAAGUCUCAGAGACAGCUUGCGCAGAUGUUUGGAAUCGGGAAGUCUCAAGCUCAUUCCAUUCUCAAGAGGAAAGAUGAGAUUCUCGAUCACUACGAAAACAAUGCUAACCUGGCAAGGAAGCGAAUCUGUCGCAGAGCUGAGAAUGAUGAUGUGAACAGGUUAACGCUAGAGUGGUACACCGAAGUGUCCAAGUUAGUGGAUAUCCCAAUAACUGGUCCAAUGGUGCAAGAGAAAGCAAAGCGCAUUGCUGCCGAACUUGGCAGGUCAGACUUCAAAGCUUCCAAUGGUUGGCUGGAUAGUUUUCGAAAGAGGAACAAUAUAGUUUUCUUUUUUUCAAGAGGUGCCAAUAAUUCAGUUCCAGAGGAGAGUAUUGAAGACAUUUCUAUCAGCUUUCCUUCUUCUGGUUACAGCAGUUCACUUGAACAUCCGCAGUCAAGACCAAAUCAGUGUAAGCUUAGUGCAGCUGCUAUACAUGGUCAGACUGUGUCACCAGCAUCAUCAGAUGUCCAAGGGAUUAUUAAGAAAGAACCAGUAGAUGCAGAUGCAUCUGAAAAGCCUGGAGGCUCUGAGCUUGUUGGUCAGUCAGAAGGGCACAAAGAGACCGGUUUGCCUGACAGUGACAGUGAUGACGAUGAUGAUGAUGAUGACGACACAGACUCUGAUUCUGACUCGGACAAGAGCAGACCUGAAACCGAUACAGAGAAGACGGCUUCCACUCAGACACCAUACACUUUACCUGAUAAGAACAAGCAAGAAAAACCUGACUCUGCUGACAAUAAGAAGAAGCUGUCUCUUCUUGAGAGGUCCUCCAUAGAGACCUUCCACAAAGCUGCAGUGAUGGCUAGAGAACUGAGGCUGUUCUGCGAGGACAAGAAUCUCACUCAGCUCUCUGUCAUGCUGGACUUUGUGGAGCGACAACUUCAGAUCAAACAUAUUGGCAUCGUGUGAGGGUGACAUUUGGAAUUCAUGAGCAUGUUUAAGUGUUGUCAAAGUACCAGCUAGUCUUCAUUCAGUGGAAGAGGACGUCAUACAGCUUAAAAGUAUCUUGAGGUUCUUAAAAAAGUAACCACUGGAUUUCAUAGAGCUGUAGACGUUGAAAUUUUGAGGAUAAGUAACUGGACUUCACAGAGCUGUAAAGCAUAUUGCAGGUCUUUGAGGGUAACUGCUGGACUUAACAGAACAUUAAUUAAAAGCAUAUUGAAGUUCUGUAACAUCUGGACAUCUGGAAUCCUUUCAAGAUAGCAUUUAAACUUCACUGAGUUGUACAACGUAUUGGAAGUCUGGUGAAGGUAAUGGCUGAAUUUCCUGGAACUGUAAAAGUAUAUUGAAAAGAAUAUUCAGUUUAGUGUCUGAUGACAGAAAGAUGGUUGCAUAUGAAAUUUGUUGGUGUUCACUGAAAUUACAGCUGGUCUUCAGCAAGGAAUUCUCUGAGGAUAACAAUUUGACUUGCGUAAUGCUCAGCAGCAGAUAAAUGAUGUUCUAUCAGGGCUAGCUCUUCCACAAUUGGCGAAUUUUAUUUUAAUUUGGCGAAAAUAAUUGUGUAAUAAGUGAUAUUUUAUUGAAAAAUAGCUAUAGGUUAGUCAUUUUUUGAGACAAUUUGGCGAAAUGUUCAGAUCACCCAGAGCUAGCACUGUAGACUAUGAAAGAAAUAGAUGGACUUCUCGGAUACACGGAAGGAUACAUAUAGGUCAUGUUGCUGUUCUCAAAGGAUAACAUCUUGACAUCACAGAGAGUUGUUUCAGCUCUGUAAAAAUAGCAGCUACACUUCAUAGACACUUGCAGAUAGUCAUUGGUUUUAUGCAAGGAUACAGCUGCACUUCAUAGACACUUGCAGAUAGUUAUUGGCUUUAUGCAAGAAUACAGCUACACUUCUCCGAGACCACUACACAGAUAUAGACUGGUGCUCUUUGAAACCCCCUCUAAACCGGACACCAGUGGGACUAAGUAAAAUGUCCAGUUUUAGAGGUAUCUGGUUUAGAAAGGUUAAUUGCGAUACUGAUUUUUAAAAAAGGACCGUGAAAAAUGUCAGGUUUGGGGGGAAUUCCGGUUUUGAUAGGUUUCACUGUACUUUGUGGAGAGCAGGGUAGAUGCAAGGCUUUUCUACGGAUGGGCUGCAUUAUGAAAAACAACAUCUAGAUUAUUCCAAAAGUACACAACGUAUCUAUGGCAGUUUCAAAUCAUACCACAAAAUUCCCAGCACACCAUAUAUCAUCAGUUUAAUUUUUGUUUUAAAAAUACCUUAUUAUAUUUAUUUAUUUAUUAAAUACCAGAUUCUUUAGUCAUUUCAAAGUUCACUAAGGGCAGGAGCACCUUCAGCACCUAUCUGACCGAGGUUCGACAAAUCCACUAGCCCUUGGUCCUGGCUAGUGAAUGUUUGGUCUGGGCUAGUGGAAAUUAUCAACUGUAUUACUAUAAUACAUAGGGCAUGAGCCAAAGCUUCUGUGAGGGCUAGUGGCUUUCUCAAACAUUUGUCGAACACUGCUAUCCCUGGGAUCCACAGCUGAAGAGGAAUCUGCCGACUAGACUCUGAACAAUGUUUCUCCAAGUUUACAGGCUGGACAAUGUAUAUAAGUCUACUCAUAAUACCAUAUUGGUGUUUUGUCAUACAGUGCAGUAACGUCCUCCUGAACUUGACAUCCGACUUCUGUAUAUAAAUCAUAACGGUGUUGAUGGUCUUCAUAUUUAAUGGCGCGACUGUAGAUAAGGCACAUGUUAAUGUUUUAUUAAGGGAAACCGUGUACAUUGUAUGUCAUGUACACAUUUGUAGCAUAUGUGUAUGUGUGUUUUUUCUGCGAGGAAAACUGUCUAAAUCAAAGAAAUGUUCUUGACUUCUUGUCAAUAUUUUGCAUAUUCUCGGAAUUUCUGUGAAGACAUCUCUUUGGAUCAGAAGGUAAAUCUUUUUUAGUGCUAUCGGGAAAUACCAGCUUCGGGAACUUGAUAAAAAAUGUUUUAAUAACAACAGCUAGACUUGACAGACAGACAGACAGACAGACAGUGGAAGAUAAUUCAGGGGACAGUAUUUCAAAAUCUAAAAGGGACAUUUCUGAGUUUGCUGCAUUUUUUAAGAUGUUAUCUACUAACAGACUUUUUAACGAUUGUAAUUACAUAUCAAAUAUAUAUGUCUGCAUAAAAUAUUAGUGGCUGUAUAUUAAA